CAAACUCACAGAUAACAUCCUCGUGGAAUCCUCGUGGCGAGACCGGUUUGUCGCAUGCAUGUCUUCUACCACCGAUAGUACGGUCUCGCCCGAAAGCCUGCCGCGAUCCUGAGGCAAGUGGUCCGAUCACCCGUCCAUCACCGUCGAUGCAGUUGCGUAACAAGUAUAUCUGCCCGCACCUAAAUCACUAUUAUCGGCAGUCCAGCUCUAAGCCAUGUUAUCGGGUUCAUCCUCAUCUAUCGCUUGGCACCUUUCGAUGCGCCGUCACAAGCGCCGGAAACUUCCCUAUUUGAGAUUACAAGUCAUGGAGAUGCAACAGGCUGACUGCCGUGGCGCAACGAUGCUUGUUGCUCUUCCUGUAUAAAGACCGUAGAGAUCUUCCCGGAUCUUUCAAAGUCUCAGGUCUACCUCACCACCUUUCUCAACGCCAUCAAAGGAUCUUUGAAAGGCUUCGAUAGACAAACGCCAACAUGGGUGUCGACCCUGAAAUCGCGCCCACCACAAGCGCCUCCAAGACCGUUGAAGUGACUUCGCAAUACGACAACGACUUCAAAAAUGGAGUCAUCGACAACUCGCACUUCACCGCCGCCGAACUCGCAAAAUACGGACAAACGCACCGUGGCCUUUCGCCUCGCCAUGUCCAACUGAUGGCCAUCGGAGGAUCCAUCGGCACCGGCCUCUUCGUAGGCAUCGGCUCCUCUCUCUCCAAAGCCGGCCCGCUCUCCCUCGUCCUGGGUUACAUGUUCUGGGGUGCCCUUUUCGUGUGGCCCGCCUACCUGUGCGUGGCAGAAAUGUGCGCCUACCUGCCCCUGCGCGGGGCCAUCUUCGAGCUCGCGGCGCGUUUCGUGGAUCCCGCGCUCGGAUUCGCAAUGGGCUGGACGUAUUUCUUCGCGGGUGUGAUGCUGGUGUGCACUGAGUACAGCGCUGUGGCCACGGUUAUGCAGUACUGGAACACGGAUGUCAACCCGGCGGUUUGGAUUGCGAUGACUAUGGUGGUGUGUGUAUUUCUUAAUGUGGUGGCGGUUAGGUGGUAUGGCGAGUCUGAGUUCGUCAUGGCUUCCACCAAAGUCCUGCUGCUCAUUGGUCUUGUGCUGCUCACGUUCAUCACCAUGCUCGGCGGCAAUCCGGAAAACGACCGCUACGGCUUCCGCUACUGGACCGGCGGUAACGCAAUCCACGCCUACUACGCUGAGGGCGCUACGGGCCGCUUCUGCGGGUUCUGGAGCGUGUGUAUAUACGCUGCCUUCACCAUCGCUGGACCAGAUAUGAUCUGCCUCGCCGCAGGAGAGAUCCAGAACCCGCGACGCACGAUUCCAAGAGUGGCGAAACUCAUUUUCUACCGCCUCGUCGGGUUCUAUGUCGUUGGCGUGCUCGCGGUGGGCAUCAUAUGCUCCAGCCGCGACGACAGACUGCUGGGUGCCAUCGACGAUGGCGAGCCUGGCGCCGCUGCUUCGCCCUGGGUUGUGGGAAUUACGAAUCUUGGAAUCAAAGGGCUGCCCGGACUCAUCAACUUCCUUAUUCUCCUCUCCGGAUGGUCGUGCGGAAACGCAUACCUCUACGCAUCCAGCCGCACGCUCUACGGCCUCGCGCGCGACGGUCAGGCGCCCAAGUUCUUUCUCAAGUGCACGAAAGCUGGAGUGCCAAUCUACGCCGUCGGCCUCGUGUCACUGAUCACCUGCCUCACGUUCCUGGUCAGUUCGAACAACGCGGUGCAGGUGUUCUACUGGUUCGUCGGCCUGACGACCUGCGCGCUCGUGUGCACAUAUGUCGGCAUGCUGUGGACGUACAUUGGCUGGUACCGCGCCCGGGUCGCGCAGAAUUUCGACGCCGAUCUUCUCCCCUACACUGCUCCGUUUACACCAUACACCGCGUACUUUGCGCUCGUCCUUGGAGUGCUGAUGAUUAUUUUCAUUGGGUACGAUACGCUUGUUCCGUUCAGUGUUCAAGGGUUCAUUACGAGUUACUUCGGAGCGUGGUUCAGCAUCUUUGUGUUUGUGUUCUGGAAGGUGUUUAAACGCACGUCAUUUGUCAAACCCGCGGAGGCUGAUUUCGUGAGUGGGAAGGCGGCGAUUGAUGAGGAAUGUAGGGAGUGGGAGGAGGGCGGCAUUGAGGAGAAUAUCAAGGCGAGACUCGCGGAGAUGCCGCUCUGGAGGAGGUGUUGGGAGAGGAUGUGGUAAAUGUUUCAUUGAUGAAGGAAGAAAGUGUAGCAUAGAUGCAUUUAGCAAUAUCAGCAAAGACACUUC